UCCAUCGCAAUUCGUGGCAUUUUUCGACACUUCAUUAAAAUCUCAUUUAAAACCCAAGGGGUAUUUACGUACUUUCACAACUGACGGAAACUAGAAGUUAAGGGUCCCUUAUCCAGUUUAUCCAAAAAACCUGUAUAAAACCAAAGACUCCCUCACGACUAAUUCUUCUUCUUCAUUAGCAGAUUAAACAAAUCUCAACAUUCGAAUUUUUAAAAAUUCUUCAAAAUCUCUUCUUCAAUGGCGACGGGAAAGAGUUACUACGCUAGGCCUAGCUAUCGAUUUCUCGGCACCGAUCAGCCGUCUUACUUCACCGCUUCCGAUUCAGGUCUCGAAUUCGACGAAUCCGAUCUCUUCAAUCCAAUCCACUCCGAUUCACCAGAUUUUUGCCGUAAAAUCUCUUCAUCAGUCAGAUCCGGUAAAAAAUCGUCGAAUCGUCCCUCCGCCGCUUCCUCCGCCGCAGCAGCGUCGUCGCUUCCUGUUAACGUGCCGGACUGGUCCAAGAUUCUCCGCGGAGAAUACCGCGAUAACCGACGGAGAAGCAUCGAGGAUAACGACGACGAUGACGAUGAUAACGAAGACGGUGGCGAUUGGUUACCGCCGCAUGAGUUUCUGGCGAAGACGAGAAUGGCUUCGUUCUCGGUUCAUGAAGGAGUAGGGAGGACAUUGAAAGGAAGAGAUCUGAGUAGGGUUCGAAAUGCAAUUUUUGAAAAAUUUGGGUUCCAAGAUUAAAUAUUUGGAAACUUUUGGAGUUUUCCUUUAAUUUUUGGCUUACUUCAAUCAUUUUCUCAAGUAACUGUCAGAGAAGAGAGAGAGCAUGUAAUAUUUCUAGAAAUGCCCUCCAUUUAUCGUUAUAUUCCGAAAAUCUUACCCUAUGUAAUUGUUUUUUUAACUUUUGAGAUUUUUAUCACAUUUUGCGUAAUGAGUAAUAGAUAAUGUUUUCUUUUUUUGGAAGAGUGUUUGUUUUGUUUAUUAAGCAGUUGAUUUUAUGGGAAUUAAAAUCUGAACAUUCUGAUUUUUGGGAAUUUAAUUGAUGUAAGUAAAAUUUAGGGGUUGAAAAUGGAUAAAAUAGAAAAAGUGGGGCAAAAAGUUUCAAUUAUUUGGUUGUUGAUAUUUGAGUGUUUGAUGAGGUGGGUGAGAAAAGCAGAGGCUACAAACACUUGAAAGUGACAUUAGUUGCUUGAGAAUUAUUCUCUUAAUUUCUUUAUUUAUUUGGAACACUACUAUAAUUUUAUGAAUCACUUUUGUAUAAAUUAUAUUAUAUGAAUUUCAGAUAAGUUUCUCAUCUAAACUAAAAC